UGACAUAAAACUGAUAAAAGCAAAAGGAAGGGACUCACAAUGGGAGAUUGCGCUCCCUUCUCUCUCUCAAUUACAAGUUACACAGAUUAAUCAUGUCAGAUCUGAUUGACAGCCCCAAAAGCAUCUAGAGAGUAAAGACUAGAACACAAUCCCUUUCGGUUAGUGGGGCCAGGUACUUAUAAUUCAAUUUCAAGUUGGAAAUGAAAAUGAAAAUGAAAAGUGGUUGAAAACUGAACAUCUGAAAUUGGGUGAGCGAAAGUUGGAAUCUUUGAUCGAAUGUAUCAAAGUACUCAGCACGUCACAUCUCAAUGCGAGUCAUAUAUUUUCCUACGCAUUCUGGAAGGGUUGAGUUUGAGACAAGCGUGGUGAAAGUUGAUAACUUUAUAUAAUUAAUUAAUCUUUGAUAUGGAGGGUUUGAUUGGACCUAGCUUGUACAGUUGCUGUAAUUGUGGAAACCAUGUUGCCCUUCACGACGAUGUGAUUUCAAAAGCCUUUCAGGGAAGAAAUGGACGAGCUUUUCUAUUCUCCCAUGCAAUGAACAUUGCUGUAGGGCAAAAAGAAGACAGGCAACUCAUGACGGGUCUCCAUACAGUUGCUGAUGUCUACUGUUCUGACUGCAAUGUAGUGAUUGGUUGGAAAUAUGAAAGAGCCUAUGACGAAACACAGAAGUACAAAGAAGGCAAGUACAUACUUGAGAAGUCUAAAAUUGUCAGGGAAAACUGGUAGUGGUAGUAGCUAAAGAUUGAUCUUAUAAAUAAUCCCAGUGUGGCUGUUGGUGUGUAGGUUUAUAUACUACAAUGCUCAAUUUGAACAUGAGUUAAAUUCAAUUUUUGUUAUUUUCUGUGUAUUCUCUUAUCAAA